GAGGAGGGAGCUGUGGUGGACAGAGGGCAGGAGGUAGUUAGGGUCUCGCAUAGUGACUGAUGCUUGUGAAUGGAAGCCCUUGGUGGGGUGGCUGGGUGGUGGUCCCUGCGCCAGCCUGAUGCUCUUUCCUGUCCCUGACAGGGUGCAGUACGAGGACGAGCUGCGGGGGGAGAGGAUGCUGCCGGCAUCCUGCCAGCCACCGCCACACUCUGCCCUGGGCCACAACCGCUCCUUCCGCCUGGAGAAGCGGCAGCGGUGGCUGGACAGGAGGCGGGCAGCCAGUGUCGGCGGAUGCCCGGGAUUGGAGCUGCAGGAUGUGACUCUUGGCUCCUUCUCCGCCCAGCUGCCCAGAGAGGAGGCUGUUGCCCAGGAGCGGGGAGCGGACCUGAGCUCCGAAUGCCAGCUGGAUGGCGGCAGUGACAUGAACGGGGAGGGAGAUGCUGCUGCCUCCACCCCAGCCACCACCUUACUCAUCCAGGAGGCUCUGCUCUCCAGGGGCCUGGGUGCUCUGGCCCGGGACCCAUCCUUUGUGACGGCCAUGAGAGCCGAGGUGGCUGCCACCUGCCAGCUGGAGAUGGUGCUGAUGGAAGAGGCCGUGGCCGAGCUGCUGAGGGGAAGGGAAAGCCCGGAGGGAGCAGAGGCCGGUUCCACCCACUGACACUCCUUGGCCACGUCCCUGCAUAGCUCCCCUGGGCCCGGCAUGCCUGGCUCCCAGAGGCCAUCUCCAGCCCCUGCCUGUGAGACGCUGCCGGGGAUCCCCCUCGCCAACGGUGCCAGCCGGGAGGUGCUGCCUGUUUGUGGGCUUUGAGAGGGUUACCGUGGAAACACAGCAGCAUCUCCUCCCACGCACAGCCUUGACUGGUUGCUCUCUGCCCCAGGCCAGGCAGAUGGGAGCCAGAGAAGGACUCGCCGGGCUGUUUGGGGAGGAGCGGUGAGGGCCUGAACUCCGGGGGCAUUUCCUACAGGGGUGUCUGGUGCUGUGUGGGCAAGGUGCGCCCCCUGCCCUCUCAAGAGCUGUAACGUGUGCGCCGGACAGGUCAUUAAAUCCCUGGCACUGCGAUCGCGCUGCUCCGCUCUGUCCUUCAGUGCUCUGGUCUUCGAUCAGAGGGGGGCCAGCGGAGACCCUUGGGGGCCUGCUUUCCAGCAGUGCUGAGCACCCGCAGCUCCAGCCAACGCCAGAGGGACUCGUGGGUGCCCGUCCCUCUGAACACCAGCCCCCCAGGUGUCUCCAGUCAGGCCUGCCGAAUGAGCGGCCACUUUCCAACUGUGGGGCUGAACAUACAUAGCCAGAGCCGGCCCUUGCCAUCUAGACAAGGCACCUGCUACAGAUGGGGGACGAGGCCCAGCGAGGGGAAGGGGGAGAUUCUCACUAUUUAUCUCGCUCCCUGUGACUGCCAGGAGGCCUCGCCUCUCAUUGUCACGUGAGCCUUUUCAAACCAACGCCGGGGUGACUGGCCAAAGGUCACAGGGGGAGUCUGUGGCCAACGUGGGAACUGACCCCACAUCUGAGUCCCGGCCAGAGCCUUAACCACGAGCCCACCCUUCCUCUGACACGGCAUCCCUUCCUCUGUCCCUGGAGCCACGGCCUGGGCCUGCCCUUGGCUUGGACCCUGAGCUGGGAGGGGCAGCUUGCCCCGUGGUGAUUUAUUAUUGCUAUUACCCUAGUGCCUAGGAGCCCCCGGCGUGAUGCUCGGGGCUGUGCCAGCACAGGAUAGAAAGAAGGUCCGUACCCUAAGGGGCCAGCUCACCACGUAAGCCCUGGGUCAAUCUCCCGUGUCGCAUUGUCUUCGCCCAGGACAGGUGGCAUUUCCGGCCGCUGAGUAAAAUCACACGUGUGUUUUGUUCUAAUCAGCCCAAUAAAGAGGA